CACCCCUAAGGCUGUGCCUAUCCACAGCACUAGUUACUACCUAUAGAGAGUGAGUGGUUCAGUAUCUGGGACAAUGGCAGUGGCACUGUUAGAGGACUGGUGCAGGAUCAUGAGUGUGGAUGACCAGAAGUCGCUGAUGGUGAUGGGCAUACCAGUGGACUGCGAUGAGGCUGAGAUCCAGGCCAUCCUGCAGGAGACUUUAAAGUCUCUGGGCAGGUAUAGAUUGCUUGGCAAGAUCUUCCGGAAGCAGGAGAAUGCCAAUGCCGUCUUAUUGGAGCUUAUGGAGGAUAUUGAUGUCUCAGUGAUCCCUAGUGAGGUUCAGGGAAAGGGGGGUGUCUGGAAAGUGAUCUUUAAGACCCCUAACCAGGACACUGAAUUUCUUGAAAGACUGAACAUCUUUCUAGAAAAAGAGGGACAGACAGUCUCAAGUAUGUUCCGAGCCCUUGGGCACGAUGGGGUAUCUCCAGCUACAGUACCCUAUAUAUCUCCAGAGUUACUGGCCCAUCUGUUGGGACAGGCAAUGGCACAUGCCCCUCAGCCCCUGCUACCCAUGAGAUAUCGGAAACUGAGAGUGUUCUCAGGGAGUGCCAAGCCUGGCCCAGAGGAAGAGCCAUUUGAGGUCUGGUUGCAACAAGCCACUGAGAUAGUCAAAGAGUGGCCCGUCUCAGAGGCAGAAAAGAAGAGGUGGCUGGUGGAGAGCCUGCGAGGCCCCGCCCUGGACCUCAUGCACAUAGUGCAGGCWGACAACCCAGCCGUCAGUGUGGAGGAGUGCCUGGAGGCCUUUAAACAGGUGUUUGGGAGCCUGGAGAGCCGCAGGACCUCCCAGGUGAGAUACCUGAAGACCUUUCAGGAGGAAGGGGAGAAAGUCUCAGCCUAUCUGCUAAGACUAGAAACCCUGCUCCGGAGAGCUGUGGAGAAACGGGCCAUCCCCAAGAAUAUCGUGGACCAGGUCCGCCUGGAGCAGGUCAUGGCUGGGGCCAACCUUGGUGAGGUUCUCUGGUGUCGGCUUAGGGAGCUAAAGGAUCAGGGCCCGCUUCCCAACUUCCUGGAGUUGAUGAAGGUAGUACGGGAAGAAGAGGAGGAAGAGGCCUCCUUUGGAAAUGAGAAUAUCCCUGGGCGCGCUGGUGCACGCCUGUAA